AUGGAUCGCCGAUUUUCACAUGGCCUUCGGCGGAUGUCUGAAGGCUUCCUUCAGAUUGCUGCAACCGAUAGACUUUUGGACUUGCACGAUGUAGGAAUGCACAACGUGAUGUCAGAAUACAAUCUCGACGUGAAGGCGUUGAACGCGGCCGAAACCGAAGCCGCAUUAGGACCACCGCGUCGAAAGCUGACAUAUUUGGAAACGAAGGAAAAGAUAUCAUCCAAAUUCGCAUUAAUCAAUUUAAUGAAAGGAAUGCUAGGCGCUGGAUGCUUCUCGGUCCCCCUUGCUUUCAAGCAAUCUGGAUAUGCGGUCGGUCUUGGAAUCAUAUCUAUUCUUGGACUUUUAUCCGCUUUAUGUAUGAUUAAGCUGGUCAAGUGCUCUGCAUAUUUAUCUAAUAAGCAAUCGUCAGCCCCACUGGAUUAUGGCAAUAUGGCGUACAAGGCGACCAAGGCGAGUUUCAAACCGCUUCACAAAAUCGCGCCGUUUUCAAGAUUAAUCGUCAAUGUCGCGUUGUGUGUUCUUCAACUAGGCAUUUGCUGCGUUUUUUACAUUUUCGUCGUUUAUCAUUCUCACGAGCUUCUUGAAUUAUUUUUGGAGAGCCCGCCGACGCGGGAAACCCUAUUUCCCAUCCUUCUCCCAUUCUUUAUUCUUCUCUGCUCCCUCUCAUCGAUGCGCGCUCUCUCGCUGGUCUCAUUAUUCGGCAAUUUACUAAUGAUAAUUGCCCUUGGUUUGAUUAUGUUUGAGCUUUUCACAACAACCCAUAAAAAUCUAUCAGACCUGCCCGCUGUAACCGAUCUGCCUGGUGUGGUCACCGCUGCUGGAGAUGUUCUCUACGCUCUCGAGGGUCAAGCGAUGGUCCUUCCAUUGGAGAAUCGAAUGAAGCGUCCGCAGGACAUGACGGGACCAUGCGGAGUGUUGAGCAUCGGCGUCGGAACGGUUGUCGUCAUCUACGCGAUCGCCGGCUUCUUCGGAUUCCUCGCUUACGGCGAUGACGUGCACGACACAAUCACAUUGAACCUUCCGAAUAGUACAUUGGGCAUUUUUGUGAAAGCCAUCCUCCUUUUGGUGGUCUACACCGGAUUUCUGAUUCAAAUAUUUCCGAUUGUCGCAAUGAUUUGGCCAAUGUUGAAGAGGAAGCUGCAGAGAAGCUGCGGAGUCUCGCCGACAACCAAGAGGAUAUGCCAUUUUGGACUUCGAUAUUUUAUUGUGUUCCUAGUUUUCUUUCUCGCUUACGCGAUUCCGCGCCUCUCGGACAUGGUGCCAUUGGUGGGCGUCACCGCCGGAAUGCUGCUCGCCCUCGUGUUCCCGUCGCUAUUCCACAUGCUUAUCUUUCUGCCGCAAUUCAAAUUCAGCGUGCCGAAUGUGUGCGAUCUAAUUUUCGAUGCGUUCUGCAUCACUCUCGGCACAUUCUUCGUUGUGUACGGCUUGAUAACCAAUCUCCAACAAUUAUCAAGACAUUUAUAA